GCAGCAAUUACAGCUGAACAAGUACCAACUCCUAUGCCAAAUACCUUAUUUGAAACAACUUAAAGCCACAGAAGAGCCUGAAACAAAAGAAAUAUAUAGCAUUUCUUAAACAUACCAUUUCUAGCAAGAGCUAUUUUAACACAAGAGACUCAAAGAUAUCUCUUUUACAGAGCUGGGUAUACCGAAAAACAUUGCUCCCUAAUACAGCCUUUUCAUGGACAGGAGUUUCUAAGUGUCAUGCCUGCCAGAAAGCUCUAAGAUGACUACCACUCACAAUCAAGCUCAGCCUGGCUUUUCCAACAGCUCAUAUCCAGAUGAAUAUAAAAUUGCAGCCCUUGUUUUCUACAGCUGUAUCUUCAUAAUUGGACUAUUUGUUAACGUCACUGCCUUAUGGGUUUUCAGUUGUACCACCAAGAAGAGAACCACUGUAACCAUCUAUAUGAUGAACGUGGCAUUAUUGGACUUAAUAUUUAUAAUGAGCUUACCCUUCCGAAUGUUUUAUUACGCAAAAGGCGAGUGGCCAUUUGGAGAGUACUUCUGCCACAUUCUCAGUGCUCUCACGGUGUUUUAUCCAAGUAUUGCCCUAUGGCUUCUUGCUUUUAUUAGUGCUGACAGAUACAUGGCCAUUGUGCAGCCAAAAUACGCCAAAGAACUUAAAAAAACAUGCAAAGCUGUGCUAGCAUGUGUGGGAGUCUGGAUCAUGACCUUGACCACCACCGUCCCACUCCUCCUGCUCUAUGAAGAUCCAGACAAAGCCUCCAGCCCUGCUACCUGCCUGAAGAUUUCUGACAUCAUCCACUUAAAAGCUAUUAACGUGCUGAACUUCACUCGACUGAUAUUUUUUUUCUUGACUCCUCUGUUCAUCAUGAUUGGGUGCUACUUGGUCAUUAUUCACAGUCUCCUUCACGGUAGGACAUCUAGGCUGAAACCAAAAGUCAAGGAGAAGUCUAUACGGAUCAUCAUCACGCUACUGGUGCAGGUGCUCGUCUGCUUUAUGCCGUUCCACAUCUGCUUUGCUUUCCUGAUGUUGGACGGGGAUGACAACAGUUACAAUCCCUGGGGAGCCUUUACCACCUUCCUCAUGAACCUCAGCACCUGCCUGGAUGUGAUUCUCUACUACAUUGUUUCAAAACAAUUUCAGGCUCGAGUCAUUAGCGUCAUGCUAUACCGCAAUUACCUCCGGAGCGUGCGCAGAAAAAGUUUCCGGUCAGGUAGUUUGCGGUCACUAAGCAACAUAAACAGUGAAAUGUUAUGAAUGAUAAGAAGUUUUUUGUCUUUAAUCUCUUUAAAUACACUUUACCCCAGGGUCACUGGAUAUUCUACAUGAUAUUAUCAAGUCCCUUCUCUCCUAAAAAAAAACACAAAAAAAAACCUUUAAAAACUCUUCUGUAGGACCUUAUUGCAGCAACAUAAUUAAAUAUUUUGAAGUAGUCUAA